AUCCCGGUGUCGGUGUGUCCGGCGGUGAACCAUAACAGAGCGGCUGGGACAGUGGUGUUUCUCGUUGUCAGCUGAAAACAGACCGUUAACAGAGCAGCGGACAUGCCUCCUCUCCUCCAUGGAGCAGAACCGGACCGCAGUCCGCUGUAGUUCUGCCGCAGUGAACCACUUCGAGAGCUGCAGACGCUGAGAGGGACCCAGUCCUGUGGACAGGAAGUCAACAUGGCCUCCAGCUCGCCGCCUGGGAACCCCCCCAGCGGCCUCACAGACAGGAGCGGUAGCUUCUUUAAGCUGAUUGACACGUUUGCGUCUGAGAUCGGAGAGCUGAAGCGAGAGAUGGUGCAGACCCCUCUAACGUUUGACAAAGAGCCCAUGGAUUUACAGGGGCUGGAGGCUGAAGUGUGCGGUGUUUACCUGCAGUCCCCCAGCUGUGCCGGUCUCGGGGGUGAAAGGGAUUCUGGGUACGACUCGCUGCGCAGGAGGAUGAGCGUGUUGGAGCGACUGACUCAGACCCACCCGGUGUGGCUGCUGCUGGCCGUCAGUGAGGAGGAGGCCACUCGCAUUCUGCUCACACAGCCCCCGGGGGUGUUCCUGGUGAGGAAGUCGGCAGCUUUACAGAGGAAGAUUCUGUCUGUGCGUCUGAAGGAGGAUCAGAGCGGAACUCCCAUCAGCCACCUCCCUGUCAGAGAGAGCCAGUACACCUUUUCUCUUGAGGAAUCUGGGAUCAGCUUUGCGGAUCUGUUUCGCCUCGUGGCUUUCUACUGUAUAAGCAGGGAUGUCCUGCCUUUCACACUCAAACUCCCAGAGGCCAUUGCAUCGGCCAAGACUCAGAAAGAGCUGGAGGAGGCGGCUCAGCUGGGAGCAGGCUUCUGGGACUCUGCCCUGUGCAGUCAACACCGCACCUUCCCCCGUGCCUGCCGCCCUCUGAGCCGGACCCUCAGCCCCCAGCGGAGCAACAGGAACAGGGAAGGGGAGGAGUCUCAGCAGAGACACACCGGGGCCCACUGCGACAGUGCCCCCCCUACCCUACGCUCCUGCGCCUCUCCACCCUCCUUUCGUCUGGAGAGAAGACACUCCAGCGGCCCCCUGUGCUUCGUCACCCCCCUGUUCCUCCAGACGCAUCGCCGCCCCCCCCGCUGUGAGGACGAUCCGCCGACACAUGCCGUCAGGUCCGAUGAAGACCUAGAGAAUGAGGGGAAGUCCUUGAAGCUGAGCAGCAGCCCAGGUAUCGAGCAGCACGUGGACAAGGUCAAACUGAACGGCAAAUCUCGGACACCUCCCCCCCGCCCUCCUCCCCCCCGCUCCAUGCCUCGCCGACGCCCUGCCCCCCCACCUCCUGGACCUCCAGCAGCUACCACCAGACCCAAGAGCAUGCCAGUGGCUGUCACUGUGUCUCCAAGGCAACAACCAACUUCCACAAAGCGCCAAGCGCCGGCUCGGCCAUCGAUGGGGGGCAAACAGGGCAGCCCCUCCAAGACUGCCAGUCCACCGAUCCCUGUGCCGUCAAACCCCCCCCCUCCAAGGCCUAAGAAGCCCGAUCUGGAAUCUCACCGCUGCCACAUCGCCCUGGAUGAUGAGACCAUCGCCAAAGCUCUGUCUCGUGCCAAGCUUCCACCCUGCCAGCCUACAGCAGCUGAUGCUCUGCUGGAGGGUAACGCCGGGAGUCCGUCCACUCCUAAGGAGCGGGGACGCCAGCGGCUCAGUGACAUGAGCAUGUCCACUUCCUCCUCUGACUCACUGGAAUACUCACAUUCUCCAGGAUUCUCCCUGGGCCUGGCCCCUAGCCCGUCCCGACACCUGAAUCACCAAGACACGGUGGAGGAUAGCAGCGACGACGACGAUGAUGUGGACGAAGAUGACGAGGACUACGGGGUCAGUUUGGAGACGGACCUAGAAAUGCGCCACCGUCCGUCCUUCAAAGCGCGAAGGCGAAGGGUUGGUGUGAGUCUGGGCGGGGGGUCCUUCAUCCUGCCCAGGGCGCUGAAGGGACGUUUCCGCAAGGUGAGCGGCAUGCUGAGCUCCCUCAUGACCCCGGAAAGACGGGCGGUGAAGAGGAUCGCAGAGAUGUCCCGGGACAAAAGCUCUUAUUUUGGCUCCCUGGUCCAGGACUACAUCAGCUUUGUCCAGGAGAACCGAGGCUGUCACACCUCAGGGACGGAUUUUCUGCAGACUCUCAGGCAAUUUAUGACGCAAAUGAAGGCUUACCUGCGCCAGAGCUCCGAACUGGACCCCCCUCUAGAGUCCCUCAUACCUGAGGACCAGAUCGACCAGGUGCUAGAGAAGGCCAUGCACAAGUGUGUCCUGAAGCCUCUGAAGAGUGUGAUCGAGGUGGCUUUACAUGACUUCCAGGUGAAAAGUGGAGCUUUGCAGCAGCUAAAGGAGAACCUGGCCCUGGCUAAGGCCAAGAGGCCCCAGGAGUUAGGGGUGGAUGGAGCUGUGCCUCCUGACCCCUUGGCUAUUGAGAAAAUCCGUCACAAGUUCCUAAACAUGAGGAAGAUGUACUCCCCUGAGAAAAAGGUGUCAUUGCUGCUGCGUGUGUGCAAACUCAUCUACACCAUAAUGCAGGAUAACUCAGGGAGGAUGUAUGGUGCCGAUGACUUCCUGCCCAUGCUGACGUAUGUGGUGGCUCAGUGUGACAUGCCUCAGCUUGACACAGAGAUCCAGUUCAUGAUGGAGCUGCUGGACCCAUCUCUGCUUCAAGGAGAGGGGGGCUACUACCUGACCAGUGCGUACGGAGCCAUGGCCCUCAUCAAGAACUUCCAGGAGGAGCAGGCCGCCCGGGUGCUGAGCUCCGAGGCCAGGAACACGCUGCACCACUGGCACAGGCGGCGCACCACCCCCCGCUCAGCGCCCACUGUGGACGACUUUCAGAACUAUCUGCGUGUGGCCCUACAGGAAGUAGACACCGGCUGCACGGCCAAAACCCUGAUGGUCCAGCCGUACACCACCACCGAGGAAGUCUGCUCGCUCUGCGCCUACAAGUUCAAGAUCCCGGACCCUAACGCCUACGCACUGUUCCUGGUCAUUGAGGGCACUCGCCAGCAGCUCGCCCCGGACACACACCCUCAGCGAAUCAAAGCAGAGCUCCACGGCCGGCCCUGUGCACACACCUUCCACUUUGUCUACAGGAGGAUACCGAACCUUAACCUCUUUAUCCCGGCCAUCAUGGACAAUGGAAACUGUAUACAAGUUGAAUAGAGCAGGAUAAUGAUCUGAACUACAGUAUUCUGGUGGUGCUUAUAGAGGACUGUUUUGUAGUUAGAUUUGAGGACGUCUGAAUGGAAACCAAGCUGUAUGUCGCAGUCAACGUGUGGAAGUGAUCUUGGGCAAGAAACUUAAAGGGGAACUAUUAUGCUUAUUUAGGCUUGCACUUUUAGCCUUUAGCCACAAACCGGUAUAACACACUACGGGAAAAUCCCUGGGUUCCCUCCAGAGGGAGUUUCUCUCCCACACACUCUCCCCACCCCCCCCCCCCCCCACAUCACUACAUAACACUCGUGCUUCUAUUGGCUAGCGCUCCAACACAUUGGAUGUGAUAGGCUAAUCUCUAAUAUCUCUAAGCAGUUGACCAAUCACAACAGAGCCAGCCAGCUAACCAAUCAGAGCAGACUGGGCUCUGGUUUCAGACGGAGGGUGAAAAGAGGUGCUGCAGCACAGGCAGGAUGAGCAAAAUAAAGAGCUUUUUGAACAUUACAGCAUGGAGACAUGUCCUAGUAGAGACACUACAUAUAAAUAUGUCCCCAUUGAAUUUAAAUUGCUCUCGAUUACAUGGCCAAUGGUGUGUGAGUGUUUCUUUCUCUGAGCAGGUGGCACCUUGUAUGCCUCUGUAUGAAUGUUUGUGAAUGGGUGAGUGCUGACUUGCAUAUAUAAAUGCAUUUUGAGGGGUCAAACAGUCUGGAUAAGUGCUAUUUAAAGGCAAUCCAUUUACCAUUUACCUUAUUGAUGCAGAUAUAAAAUGUUAGAUUUUAUGUGAGGACUAGUGUAAGUUGGGAAGGUGGUACGCUGAGCGGAAGUUAUCACAAUGUGUAUAGAAGCUAGUUUGCAGGAUGUUUUUGUAUGUAAAGAAUGACACGGAGCUGGAGAGUUCUUAAGAUUGUUGGACAUGUGUGCCAUCCUUAAAGUAAAGGUCAGGUGACUAACGUUUGCUUACACUGCUGUUAUCCCAGGUGCCUUCAAAAGGAAUACUGCGUGCUACUGACAGCUGCUGGUGAUCUGUCAGAGAGAUGAAAAAUCUUGCUUAAGUUGAUUUAAUAAGUAAAAUUAACUAUUUUAAAGUUAUGUUUAUUCUCUGCAAUUGCUGGCCAAUUGUAGCUUGUAUUCUGUGUAGAAAUAUUUUUAUAUUCAAAUGUGUCAUCUUUAAUCACUAAAGAUUUGUAUUCUGAUUUCAUAUUACUGUACUGGAUUCAAUAGUGCACUAAGAUCUAUGCCAGUUAUUUCUCAAGAGUCAAUUUCCAACAACACUGUUUCUAUCACUCAAACUGAAUAUAUACAAUUCUCUCUGAACGAAGCUACUUGCUGACUCCAACAUUGAUUUCAGCAGAUGUUGCUACAUUCUUUUUGAGGGAAGAUGUCAUAAUAUGACCCUGACAGCACAGGAACAGCAGGGUUUUACUGGAUCCACACAGCUAGUCCCACACAUUUCAAUCUACACACACAUAAUACACAGUUUAAAAGGACAUAUGACAGAACCUAAUACAGGAGGGGCAGGGGAAUAUUCUGUGGAGUUGUUGUGGUUUGAUGUAUAAAGUCAAAUGAACUCUU